AUGAAUCCUUCAUUCUUCCUGACUGUCCUUUGCUUGGGAGUAGCCUCAGCUGCUCCAAAACUUGAUCCAAAUUUAGAUGCACAUUGGCACCAGUGGAAGGCAACGCACAAGAGGUUAUAUGGCAUGAAUGAAGAAGGAUGGAGGAGAGCAGUGUGGGAAAAGAAUAAGAAAAUAAUUGACCUGCAUAAUCAGGAAUACAGCCAAGGGAAACAUGGCUUCACCAUGGCAAUGAAUGCCUUUGGUGACAUGACCAAUGAAGAAUUUAGGCAGGUGAUGAAUGGUUUUCGAAAUCAGAAGCAUAAGAAGGGGAAAGUGUUCCGUGAACCUCUCCUUAUUGAUGUCCCCAAAUCUGUGGAUUGGACUAAGAAAGGCUAUGUAACUCCUGUGAAGAAUCAGGGUCAGUGUGGUUCUUGUUGGGCAUUUAGUGCCACUGGUGCUCUUGAAGGACAGAUGUUCCGGAAAACUGGCAAACUUGUUUCGCUGAGUGAGCAGAACCUGGUGGACUGCUCUCGGCCUCAAGGCAAUCAGGGUUGCAAUGGUGGCCUCAUGGAUAAUGCCUUCCAGUAUAUUAAGGACAACGGAGGCCUGGACUCAGAGGAAUCUUAUCCAUAUCUUGCAACGGACACAAAUAGCUGUAACUAUAAGCCUGAGUGUUCUGCUGCCAAUGACACCGGCUUCGUUGACAUCCCUCAGCGGGAGAAGGCCCUUAUGAAGGCAGUGGCAACUGUGGGCCCCAUCGCUGUUGCUAUUGAUGCAGGCCAUGCAUCCUUCCAGUUCUAUAAAUCAGGUAUUUAUUAUGAUCCAGACUGCAGCAGCAAAGACCUGGAUCAUGGUGUUUUGGUGGUUGGCUAUGGCUUUGAAGGAACAGAUUCAAAUAACAAUAAAUUUUGGAUUGUCAAGAACAGCUGGGGUCCAGAAUGGGGCUGGAAUGGCUACGUAAAAAUGGCCAAAGACCAGAACAACCAUUGUGGAAUUGCCACAGCAGCCAGCUAUCCCACUGUGUGA